UUUCUUCGACUAAAUCGCUACAAAAAAUUAAAAUAACAAAGACAACAAAAAGAAUAAUAAAAAACGACAUUUCAUAUCAGUCGUCUCCAAGAAGACAUUUUUCAUUUCGUGAAUGUCCUGUGAUCGUUUAUUGUUAACCUAAAAAAUUUAAAAAUAUUUCACAACAUGUUGAUUUCUCUACUAGUAGCAGUUUGCCCUUUACUUUGCUCUUGCAAAAUUAAAAAGUGUUUCAAAACAUGGCGUCAAAACCGAGUCAGAACCAACUCCAGAAGUGCAUGAGACAUCCAGAAUGUGUGAGAAAUGUUUGUAUUUUAGCCCAUGUAGACCAUGGAAAGACAACUGUUGCAGAUUCUCUACUUGCAACGAACAGACUGGUCAGCAAACGUCUAGCUGGAACCCUGAGAUAUUUGGACGACCGUUCGGAUGAACAAGAACGUAAAAUAACGAUGAAAAGUAGUGCAGUAUCCCUUUUAAAUGCAUUACAUGAUAGUGACUCCAAUACCAAUUAUUUGCUGUUGUUGAAUGUUAUCGACACUCCUGGACACAUUGAUUUUUCAUCAGAAGUGACGGCAGCUGUUAGAGUUUCUGAUGGGGCUAUUAUUUUAGUAGAUGUUGCUGAAGGUGUUUGCGUUCAAACUAAAGAAUCGAUUAAACAAGCUUUUGAACAGCGAGCCAAAAUGAUUCUUGUUCUGAACAAGUUAGAUAGGUUGUUCGUAAACAAAGAUGUGGAUGAAAUAUUCUUAUGUCUUUCCCAAAUAAUUGAGAAUUGUAAUGCUGUGGUAGCUGAGUUGUAUCAGUAUACAGAAAGUGAAAUAGAUAUAGAGAAAACUGAUCUACUUUUUCAUCCAGAAAAAGGAAAUGUUAUUUUUGCCAGUGCAAUUCAUGGAUGGGGUUUUACUUUAAAACAUAUAGCAGCUAUGUUCACUAAAAUACUUCCUAAUGAAACUGUAGAUUCUUUAAAUGAAAAGUUGUGGAAUUUCGACUAUUAUAUAGAUGCCAAUAGUAAAUCAAUAAAAUCAGGUGCUAUAGAAAAAAGAAAAACUAAUGUAUUCACUCAAUUAUGUUUGAAAACACUGAAGUACAUCUAUUACACAAUUGUAGUACGAAUGGAAAGAGAAAAAGUAGACCAUAUUUUAGAUAAGUUGAAUAUCAAAAAUAUCACUAGAGACAUGAAACAUAAUGACAUUAAAAUCCAGAUUAAAGCCAUUCUAGAAGCUUGGAAUCCUCUAGCAGAGACAAUAUUACAACAAUGUCACAAAAUUAUUCCUCCACCAUGUGCUAUUCCGUUAGAAAAAAUUAAAUAUUUGCUGAACCAACAUUUUUUCUGUGAAGAGCCUUAUUUGAAUGAAUGCAUAGAAAAUUUGAUUCCCCACUUCGAAAAAUGUUCCUCAAAUGAUGAAGCCCCUGUUGUAUUAUAUGUUUCAAAAAUGUUUUGUGUACACAAAUCAAAUUUAUCUCAAAAUAAACCAAAAGCAUUUGUAUUGAAAUCACCAGAAGAACUCCAAGAAUUAAGAAACAAAGAAGAACAAAAGUUGGAUUCUGAUGACAGUGAAGAAGUUAAAGAAGAGGAGAGAGAUAUUGUAACAGUAGCCUUAGCGAGAGUGUUCACUGGAAACUUGAAAAUCGGGGAUGAAGUAUAUGUUUUACAUCCAGAGUACACUCCAGACAAAAAUAAAAUAGAAGAAAAUAUAAAUGAAUUCAUUGAAAAUAACAAGAAUAUAACAAAAGCAACGGUCAAAGAAUUAUACAUGUUGUUUGGAAGGGAAUUGCUUUUAGUAGAUAAUAUUCCAGCUGGAAACAUUUGCGCUAUUGCCGGAUUAGAAUCUGCAGUUUUGCGAACAGCAACAGUUUCUAAUACUGUUAAAUGUGUCCCUUUUGUUGAGCAACAACCCCAAGAACCAAUAGUAAGAAAUGUUAUUGAGCCUGUGAAUCUAGCAGAACUUCCAAUUUUGCGUCGAGGUCUAAAAGAUUUGUUACAAAGCGAUUCUUGUCUGAAAGUGUUAACACAAGAAACUGGAGAGUUGGUUUUGUUAACUGCUGGAAGCGUACAUCUAGAAAAAUGCCUUGAAGACCUCAGAAAUAAGUUUGCCAAAAUUGAAAUCAAUGUGUACAGUCCCAUGGUGUCUUUGCGAGAAACAAUAUUAUAUGAGACAUCUAAAUAUGAUCCUAAGAAUGAAGAAUCAAAAAUUGUUACUCUGACCUCUGGCCCAUUCACGGUUUCAGUUGUAGCUGUAUGUGUACCAGAAUAUAUCUCAGAUUUGAUUAAACGUAACUAUAAUUUAUUGAGAAUGAUCGAAGAGCACUCAUCUCAAGACGAAGAUGAAAGUAAUGAGUUUGGUGAAAAGAAAUUCAAAAGUCAAAAUUUAAAUUUGGCUAUUUCUAAAAUUAAAGAAAACCUCAAAAAAACAUUCAGUAAAAAGAAAAAUUUCUGGAUGACACUUUAUGAUAAAAUUUGGAGUGUAGGUGCAAUGAACGACAACAUAAAUUUAUUGAUAAACGGUACAGAGGAUUACAAAUGUGAUAUAUUUACUAAAGCCCCAAAAACUGACAACAGAAGUUCAUAUGAUUUUUGUAUAACUAACACCUUCAAGUUAGCUUGUAAAUCUGGACCUCUUUGUGAAGAGCCCAUAAUGAAUUGUGCUUUUAUUGUAACAAAAUACGAGUUCAACUCUGACUUAAUCGAAAAUAAUUUAUUGAACACUGCAUCCGUCCAAUUACAACUCAAAUCCUUAUUUAGAGAAGCUCUAGAGAAAAGACCUUUGAGGUUGAUGGAGCCAAUAUUCACUACAGACGUACAGGUUAACACCUCUAUUUUAGGUAAAGUAUAUACUGUGAUAAGUAAGCGGCACGGUAAAGUUCUUGAUGCUGUUGGGAUGGACGAGGAAGAAAAAAAGUAUUUAGUAAAAGCACAAUUGCCAGUUAUUGAAAGUGUCGGUUUCGCAGAUGAGAUCCGUAAAAUGACAUCUGGUCAGGCUCUGCCUAAUUUAAAGUUUAGUCACUAUGAAAUUAUUAAUGGAGAUCCACUUUACGAACCAGUAUCUGAUGAUGAAGACGAAGAGGAUAUUGAUGUUGAAAGUGCGGUUAGGGCCAGUAAAUUGAGAAAGGAAUUAAGAAGGAAAAAAGGGCUUUCUGUUGAUGAUCAAGUUGUUAUGCAUGCCGAGAAGCAAAGAACUUUGAGUAAAAAGAAAUAACUAAAUUUUGUUAUGUUAUGUGAUGAAUAUUUUAAUAAACAUUAAUAUUAAAA